AUGGGCUGGCCAGUGUGCAAUACUACAGAGAGUGAAAAGAUUGAGGAGGUCGCACUCUGGGAUGGCGGUAUUACAUUUCAUACUCUCGCGCUCCUGGUGGGCGGUGCAUGCGCUAUUGUCGCCUGUGUUGUAUCUUUAGUCCUGAUUAUGCUACAUGCCACACAUUACAGCAAGCCGAUUGAACAGCGACAUAUUAUCCGCAUCCUAUUCAUGGUCCCCGUCUAUUCCCUCGUCGCAUGGCUCAGCAUAUUCUUCUACCGUGAUUCCGUCUACUUUGAGGUCAUCGGCGACUGCUACGAAGCAUUCUGUAUCUCCGCCUUCUUCUCGCUCAUGUGCCACUACAUUGCCCCAGAUCUACACAGCCAGAAGGAUUAUUUCCGUGGAAUCCAGCCAAAGGCAUGGCUCUGGCCGUUGAGUUGGCUUCAAAAAUGCUGUGGUGGUGAACGAAUCUGGCGGACCCCGCGCAGUGGAUUGACAUGGUUUAAUGUUGUCUGGGUCGGCGUUUUUCAAUACUGUGUUAUGCGCGUUCUUAUGACUAUCGUUGCGGUUGUCGCGCAGGCUUUCGGGGUGUACUGCGAGGCGUCGCUGAGUCCCGCAUUUGCACAUAUCUGGACCAUCGUUAUUGAAUCGGUCUCCGUCACUAUCGCCAUGUACUGUUUGAUUCAGUUCUAUCACCAGACCAGCCAAGACAUAAAACAAUAUCAGCCAUUUUUGAAGAUCCUGUCGAUUAAGCUCGUCAUUUUCCUGUCAUUCUGGCAGUCGACACUCAUCAGCCUUCUAGUCUCUGAAGGUGCUAUCUCAGCGACUGAUAAAAUCGCCAUGAACGAUCUCAAAGUUGGGCUCCCGGAGCUAAUGAUCAACUGUGAGAUGGCUAUAUUUGCUAUACUCCAUCUCUGGGCAUUCUCAUGGAAGUCCUACUCCCUCUCCAAUCAGAGUGAAAUAACUGAUUUCUACGGGAACGGCAAGUCUGUAUAUCACGGUGGACGCUAUGGCAUAAGGGCCUUGAUAGAUGCCAUGAAUCCAUUGGACCUCCUCAAAGCCAUUGGUCGAAGUGCCCGCUGGCUGUUCGUCGGCCGCAAAAACCGUCUACUAGACCCUAGUUAUCAGCCACAAGACGAGUCACUAGGCCUCCAGCCACCCCAAGAGGGCAGCGAACUCACUCAACAUGGAACAGUUUACCAUGGCGCCGGAGCAGCCAUGCACGCAGGCCGAACGGGCCGCUAUGGCGACACGCCCUACGAAGAGGGCGAUGUGCUUCUCGCUCACGCACAACCCAAUCCCGAGAUCGCGCCUACGGGCACUUCGCCGUAUGUGUCAGAGUUGGAUGACCAUGUCCAAAACUCGUCAACUGGCUUUUACGGGCGAAGCUCGCCACCUUAUGAAGAUCCUUCACUUCGCAGGCAUGAAAACCUGCACUCGGAACCGCUGGUCCAGCCCUACCCAUCCAACGGUCCUCUUCGUGAGCAAGUCCCUAUGCCCAUGCCGGACCCUUACCACCCUCCUCCCCCGUACCCUGACAACCAUCAUUGA